UUCGGUUCGGAUUAAACAAAAUUUCGUGACCUCCAACUGAGAUCAAAGUUCACGUACAAGAAUAUCGUCAACAAGGGAGUGACCGAGCAUCCGUAAUAUUUAUGUAAGUGAAUCAUAGCCACGUGGUGUACGGACAAUAAGGGGAGACAAAAAACAGUGGAGAAAGUAUUAUAAUAAUAGCAAUAACACCAACAACAAUGGAUAUCCUCGACGCCGGUGAAAACGAGGGGAGUCUGUUGCGCAAUCAAUACGAAUCAAACGAGUAUCAGGAGCAGGUGCACCAGAAUCUCGAUGACGUUGAGAACGCAAAUAAGAUUGAAGAGGCUAAAAAUGAGGAUUUGAACCCCACCGAUCAAGAAAUAAACGACCAAAAAAAACUUUAUGAUUUAGGGUUCAUACGGUUGACAUGGCCAACUUUUAAUGACGAUGACGAAGCUUCAAAUUCUGUAUUUCCGGAAUUGCCGAAAAGCUACUGGACUGUUUCGGAGAAGGAAAAGUUGCUGUUACGUCAUGCAGAAAAGUUUCGACAACAGUAUCAUGCUUUAAAUCCAGACCGCAAACCCCUCGUACUUGCUCGAGAUAAUGAAUGCGCUGUUCAGAAAUUCGUAUCGAUGGGUGUAAGACCAAGUGUUUUGGCUUAUGCGGAGCUCCACACAUGGUUCGGCUGCGCCAGAUUUGUCAGCGAUCAUCUUGUGUUCGAGACUUUAAAGAGACCGCUGGCAAUGGUAAGUGACUUGUCUGCAUGUUUCGUUGUACUUGUUUUGUAUGUCUGUGUAUUUUAUCGUCUUAGAUGUUGUAUAUAUGUAUUGUAUAUACAUCAGGUAUAUGUUACGUCUGCCUACUGCAUGUGUGAUUAUAAGUGUGUCUGUAGUAUGUGUGUAUUUAAACUAGUCGCAUCUUAUGUAUUUACUACUAUACAGCCAUGUUACUUUAAUCGAACGAGAAAUCGAGAUCAGUAUUCACGACGGUUAUUCAAAUACUAUUGA